UUGGCGGCCAUUGGAGUCUGCCAUGCUGAAAAUAGCUGAUGCCAUUGAAUCCAAAACAAACGCUAAAGCCUUUUGAUAGGGAAAAUUGGAGGGUUAAAGGGUGCAUAAUCUAGUGGUGAAGCACUAUGUCCACCCACCAGUACGUCGUUACUGCCCAUAAACCGACAGCGGUAACCUCUUGUGUCACAGGGAAUUUCACGUCACCGACGGACUUGAAUUUGAUUCUCGCGAAGAACAACAGGCUUGAGUUUUACGUUGUCACUCCAGAAGGGCUGAGACCUCUGAAAGAAAUAUGUAUAUACGGCAAAGUCUGUGUAAUGAAAUUCUUCCGGCCAAAGACCGAAAAGAAAGACCUCCUUUUUAUCCUCACUGCCAGGUACAAUACUAUGAUCCUGGAAGCUAUUGGUGAAGGCGAUAAUUUGGAAAUCAAAACCAAAGCGCACGGAAACGUUGCUGACAAAAUUGGUAAACCGUCCGAGUCUGGGAUCAUUGCAAUUAUUGAUCCUGAAUCUCGAGCGAUUGGGCUGAGGUUGUAUGAUGGCUUGUUCAAAAUUAUACCCUUGGAAAACUGUGGAGAGCUCAAAGCCACCAGCAUCAGAAUGGAAGAAAUCCAAAUUCAAGACAUGGAAUUCUUGCAUGGUUGCCCAUCACCCACUGUGAUUCUGAUUCAUCAUGAUCAUAAUGGAAGGCAUAUUAAAACUCAUGAAAUUUCUCUCAAAGACAAGGAGUUUGUGAAGACCCCUUGGAAGCAAGACAACAUAGAUGCCGAAGCGUCAUUAAUCAUCCCUGUCCCAGAACCUUUUGGUGGAGCGAUCAUUGUUGGUCAGGAAACAAUUUUGUAUCAUGAUGGUACAAAUUAUGUUGCUGUCACUCCUCCAGUCAUUAGACAAAGUACAAUGAGCUGUUACGCUCGUGUGGACUCGAAUGGAGCUCGUUACAUGCUGGGUGACAUGUCUGGUCGUCUAUUUCUUCUUCUCCUAGAACACGAGGAGAAAAUGGACGGCUUACUAGUUGUAAAAGACCUUAAAGUUGAAGUUCUAGGUGAAGUUUCCAUUCCUGAGUGCAUAACCUACUUGGACAAUGGCGUUGUAUUCAUCGGUUCUCGACUCGGAGACUCGCAGCUGAUCAAGCUCAACAUCAAACCAGAUUCAAAAACAAACUCCUACAUUUCUGUCAUGGAAACCUUCACCAACCUUGCACCCAUCACUGACAUGGUUGUGGUUGACCUCGAAAAGCAAGGACAGGCACAGCUUGUAACCUGCUCAGGUGCGUUCAAGGAGGGAUCUUUGAGAAUUAUCAGAAAUGGCAUUGGCAUCCAAGAGCAUGCCACCAUUGAUUUGCAAGGAAUUAAAGGCAUGUGGCCUUUGAAGAUGGGUCCAUCAAAAGAGUUUGACAACACUCUUGUUUUGUCAUUUGUGCAACAAACUAGAGUUCUCUCGCUAAAUGGAGAUGAAGUCUCUGAAACCGAGAUUGUGGGAUUCCAGUCUGACUGUCAAUCAUUCUUCUGUGGCAAUGUCAACCACAAUCAAGUUCUCCAAAUCACCUCAGUCUCUGCAAGACUUGUUUCAACCGACUCGAAGCAGCUAAUACACGAGUGGAAACCACCUACAGAGAAAAAUAUCAGUGUGGUCGCUUGUAACAAAUUGCAAGUUUUGUGUGCCACUGGGAGUGAUCUGUACUACUUGGAAAUUGGAGACAAAAUCAUCGACCAGAAAGCUCACGCUGUAUUGGAGUAUGAAGUGGCCUGCUUGGAUGUUUCAUUGCUUGACACUGGAACUGAGAAAGCUUCAAUCGCUGCUGUUGGUCUUUGGACUGACAUUUCUGCCAGAAUUUUGAAGCUGCCAUCACUAGAUGAAUUAAAUAAAGAAUUCUUGGGUGGAGAAAUCAUCCCCCGCUCCAUUUUGGUCACUUGCUUUGAUGGGAUCAAUUAUCUACUAUGUGCUCUUGGAGAUGGCUCAAUGUAUUAUUUCAACCUCAACAAGGAGACUGGCAUAUUGUCUGAAAAGAAAAAGGUCACUCUUGGAACGCAACCGACUGUCCUUCGGACCUUUGGGUCAAGCACAAACAGUACCAAUGUUUUUGCUUGCUCCGAUAGACCAACUGUAAUCUACAGCUCCAACCACAAGCUAGUGUUUUCCAACGUCAAUCUGAAGGAGGUCAAUCACAUGUGCUCUCUCCACGCUGAAGCAUACCCCGACAGCUUGGCUUUGUCCAACGACAACACAAUGACUUUCGGAACAAUCGAUGAGAUCCAAAAACUACACAUCAGAACCGUACCCCUUGGAGAGUCUCCCCGGCGAAUCGCCUAUCAAGAAACAUCCCAAACCUUUGGUGUGAUCACGAUGAGACUGGACGUGAUGAAGGCGAGCGGACUUCAGCCUGCCCGGAACAGUGCUAGCACCCUGUCAACCAACACGAGCAGCUCGGCCGCUACCAUGUUCAAAGGUGCCGUCACAGCACCUGCUCUGGACGUUGGUCAAGAGACGGAAAUUCACAACCUGCUUGUGGUUGACCAGCACACCUUUGAGGUGCACCACUGUCACCAACUGAUGCCCUCCGAGUACGCCCUGAGCCUCGUUUCAGCACGUUUGGGCGACGACCCUAGGACGUACUACAUCGUCGGCACAGCACUGGUCAAUCCUGAGGAGAGUGAACCGAAGGCGGGAAGGAUCGUGGUGUUUUUGUUCGAAGAGAGCAAACUAACUCAGGUGUCUGAGAAAGAGAUCAAGGGUGCCUGCUAUUGCCUGAUCGAGUUCAACGGAAAGUUGCUGGCCGCGAUCAACAGCACUGUGCGACUGUUUGAGUGGACGACAGAGAGGGAGCUUCGCCUGGAGUGCAGUCACUUCAACAACAUCAUCGCCCUCUUCCUUAAAGCCAAGGGAGACUUUAUUUUGGUCGGAGACUUAAUGCGAUCGAUGACCCUCCUCCAGUACAAGACUAUGGAAGGAAACUUUGAAGAGAUUGCCAGAGAUUUCCAUCCAAACUGGAUGACUGCUGUUGAAAUCAUUGAUGAUGAUACGUUUUUAGGAGGAGAGAAUUCCUACAACUUAUUUGUUUGUCAAAAAGACAGUGCUGCAUCAGAUGAGGACAGACAGCAGAUGAUCGAGUGCGGUCAAUUUCAUGUUGGGGAUAUGGUGAAUGUUUUCCGACACGGCUCUCUGACAAUGCAACAUGUAUUCGAAACCUCUGUUCCAACGCAAGGUUGCAUUCUUUUUGGAACAGUCAGUGGAUCGAUUGGCUUGGUGACUCAGGUUCCUUCCGAAUUUUAUGAUUUCCUGUUGGCUCUUCAGCGGAAUUUGGUCACCGCGAUUAAGUCAGUUGGCAAAAUCGAGCAUUCUUUCUGGCGUAGCUUUAGCACUGACACAAAGACCGAACCAUGUGAAAACUUCAUUGACGGAGACCUUAUUGAGAGCUUCUUGGACUUGCCAAGGGACACCAUGCAAAGAGUUUCAGUUGGCCUUCAGAGAGAUGCUUCUGGCAGUGGUACCAAGCAAGAGGUCACUGUUGAUGAGCUGAUAAAAAUUGUUGAAGACUUGACCAGAAUCCACUAAUUUUUAUUUACAAAGUUUGUUUUCUUUUUUUCAAUUCUUUGAAUUAGUAAAGUCUGUGUAUAUAUACUUA